AUGAGGCAAACUCUUUUUAAAUCGUCAAUUUUGACGCCCAUUUGUGGUUCAUCUGGGCUUGGCUGCGCUCAGGGCGUCAAGUUUGCCCAGAGGGACUUUGCAAGGCUCGAGAGACGCCACUUUGGAGGCUACAUUGAGGGUUUUUAUACCACUGGCCACGCAUCGACCGGAUUUUCAACUCCGCUGAGGAAAAUUUUCUUUUACUCGGCCAUUCUCUUCCAGAUUCUUCCAAUGGCUAGGAAUGACCAUGCAGUAUGGAGUAAAAAAGCUUCUGAAUUAUCUUCUGUUGGUGGUACUACUACUGGAGCGGGUAAGCAGAAUGACACCUGCCAAGAAACUGGUGGUAGUAGUCAGUGCAAGGAUAAGAAUAGGCAGAAGGAUGGUGGUGCUAUUUCCUCUUUCAAUGCCUUCUUAUCCCAAGGUUUAAUGAUAAUUUUGACCUCUACUGGAGACGGUUAUCUGAAGACCUAUUCCAAAUAUGAGCGUGACCCAGGGGAAGUACUGCUAGUGACCAUUGUUACAACUCCUCUAGAGAUACUCACGACACUGAUGCCUCAUUCUACAAAGACAAUCUAUUCUAACAAUCGACUCAUCUACUGA